AUGGCCGGGGAUUACACUAUUGAAUUCAAGGCAUCGCUAUCAAACAAGCAAGUGAUUGCGCCUACCUAUCGACCGAUGCCAGCUCGACCAAUUAUGACAGUUGCAGUUGAUACCGAUACAGUUUCCGACAGACUAGAGUCAUGGGGGGAGAGCGAUAAACUUCCUACCUUAACUUCAAUCGAAGCUAAGGCAAGAAGUAAAUCGUUUUCAGUUUCUCUUGCUUCUUUGGCUAGUUCAGUACGAGUGGCAGGCGCAAACUGGCACAGGCAAUACGCCAUAGCUCUUUCUCUCCCACUGCUUAAUCCUUAUCUAGAAAGCAAUGCAACAUUCGAUCAUGGCGCCAACUUUGCAGUAGCCGGAAGUACAGCAUUGGACUAUACUUUCUUCACCACAAAUGGCGUUUAUAAUCCAACCACUAAUAUUUCCUUGGGUGAUCAGCUUAAUUGGUUUAAAUCCCACCUCAACACCAUCUGCCAAGCACCAACAGAAUGUGAGAAGCUCCUUAGCAAGGCUCUCGUCUUCGUGGGCGAGAUCGGAGGCAAUGAUGUUUACUAUCCUCUCAUACAAGGCAAAUCCAUUCAAGAGAUUUACACUUAUCUGCCAUUUAUCAUAGAGGCCAUUACUAAUGCUGUUAAAGAAGUGACACACCUUGGUGCUGUGAAUAUCGUAGUUCCCGGAAAUCUUCCAAUGGGAUGCUUACCAGCCGGCCUGACAUUAGUCUUUGCUGGUGAUGCAACAACUUAUGACGAUAUGGGAUGCUUAAAGGAAUUAAAUGAGCUAGCAUUGGUUCAUAACAAUUAUCUUCAGGAGUCUUUGGCCUUGCUCAGGCUUGAAUUUCCUCAUGUUGAUAUAAUUUACGCUGACUACUAUGCAGCGUACCAAACAAUUCUACGUUAUGCAGCUAAUUUCGGGUUCGAAGAAAAAUCGUUGUUAAGAUCAUGUUGUGGAAUUGGAGGGCUAUAUAACUACGAUGAGAACAGAAAAUGUGGGUCUCGUGGUGUGCCUGUUUGCAGUAACCCGGUUCAAUAUAUAAGUUGGGAUGGAGUCCAUUUGACACAGGAGGCCUACCGCCAUAUUGCAAAAAUUCUCUUUCAGGAUAUCCUAGGCCUCCCUGGAAUACGAUACAUGUAG